GAGGAGAGAAGGCUUGGAGAGCCUGUGGAUCCCACUACGAAUUCCAAAAAGAAGAGAGGGGGAGGGAGUGACACUUCUCCGCCGCUGCAACCGCGAGGGGAGAGGGAGGGGUGGAUGGGAGAAAGGUAGCAAUGAAAUUAGCAUCGGCGCUCCCAUUGGAUCUCUCUGCGUGCGAUUUGCAUUAGCCUCGCCUCUUCUCCCAGCCGCCCCUCCCGCCCCUGCCGUUCUUUGGUUGGCUUGGGUUUUGCGGGCUAGUGCAGUGCAGGAGUCAGGGAACCGAGGAGGAGAGAAGCACCCGAGGCUGCUAGCGCUGCUGCUGCUGCCCUGCUGCCGCCAGGAGUUGGGGAAGAGACCCAGGGACCUCCGACGCCGCGAUCCUUUGGCCUCUCUCUCUCUCUCUCUCUCUCCCUCUAUGCCUGUGCGCAUCGCGUUUGCGGGUGGUGGCAUUUCUUUAUUUUGAUCGUGAAGGAGCUGCUCUUUGCGCGUGCCAAAGCGAGGAAGCUGCGAAAUAAGUACGUGAGAGAGGCGGAGGAGGAGGAGGAGGAGGGCGCAGGUCUGUUACUUUCUCUUCUCAAAGUUUCCUGCUGGUGCAGUAUGAAGUGCAGCGAUGGCAAGGAGAGGUAAGACGGUGGUGAGGACGCUGGAAGAUCUGACCCUCGACUCGGGUUAUGGUGGUGCGGCAGACUCCGUCCGGUCCUCCAACUUGUCUCUGUGCUGCUCCGAUUCCCCCCACGCGGCUCACCCCUAUGGAGGAAACGGCUGGCAGCAUCUAACUGACUCGAUGCACAGUAGACACAACAGCUUUGACACCGUCAACACUGUCCUGGUGGAAGACUCCGAAGUGCUGGACUGCGCCGACCAGCACUGCUCCAGGCUGCUGCCUGACCUUGAGGAGGUCCCCUGGAGCCUCGACGAGGUGGAGGCGGUUCUCCUCCUCCUGCAGCGCAAAGAGGCCAGGGGGCCGGUGGGGGUGGGCGCCGCCGCCAGCUCCAGCAGCGUCGCCAGCUCCACCACCACCAUCAGCAGCAGCAGCGGUGGCGGCGCCCCCCCUUCCAAAGAUGCCCUGGCCAGACUGUCCACCUUGGUCAGCCGGGCGCUCAUCCGGCUGGCCCGGGAGGCUCAGCGCCUGAGCCUGCGCUUCGCCAAGUGCACCAGGUACGAGGUGCAGAGCGCCAUGGAGAUCGUCCUGGGCUGGAGCCUGGCUUCCAGCUGCACGGCGGCCGCCCUCGGCGCGCUGUCGCUGUACAACAUGAGCAGCAGCGGCGGCGACCGCUUCAGCCGAGGCAAGUCGACCCGCUGCGGCCUCACCUUCUCGGUGGGCAAAUUCUACCGCUGGAUGGUGGACAGCCGGGUGGCCGUGCGCAUCCACGAGCACGCCGCCAUCUACCUGACCGCCUGCAUGGAGAACCUCUUCCGAGAGAUCUACGCCAGGGUCCUGCAGCUGGGCGCUGGGGCCGCCGCGCCACAGCACCACCCCCAGCACCACUCCCAGCACCUGCACCACCUCCAGACACAACAGCACCCAAACAAUCCCCCUCAGCUGCCGCCGCCGCCACAACACCACCACAGGGGUCAGUGCUCUGGCGCUGCCUCCGCCGCCGCCGCCGCUCUGCCUCCUUCGGCUUCUGGAGCCGCUCCUGCCGCUGCUUCGGACAACAAGGACCGAGAGAGCAGCGGCAGCAGCAGCGCUGCCGUCGCCGCCGCCGCCGCCGCCAACAACAACAACCACCACCACCACAGCAACGAAGCGCCAAAGUUUACGCUGGAGUCCCUGGAGCAGACGGUCAACAACGACUCGGAGCUGUGGGGGCUGCUGCAGCCUUACCAGCACCUCAUCUGCGGGAAAAACGCCAGCGGUGUCCCUUGCUUGCCAGAAAGUUUGAAUCUUCACAAAGACCAGCAAAGGUCAAAUAAGCCAGGGGAAGUCCAGAUGUUUAGCCAAUCAGAGUUACGGACCAUAGAGCAAUCUUUGCUUGCAACGCGUGUGGGAAGUAUUGCAGAACUCAGCGAUCUGGUGUCUCGAGCAAUGCAUCACCUGCAGCCACUAAGUGCGAAGCAACACAGCAACAGCACCCCCAUGCACCACAAGCAGGGGUCGCUCUACUGGGAACCGGAGGCUUUGUACACGCUCUGUUAUUUUAUGCACUGCCCGCAGAUGGAAUGGGAGAACCCGAACGUGGAACCCUCCAAAGUGACGCUACAGACGGAAAGGCCUUUCAUUGUGCUGCCACCUCUGAUGGAAUGGAUCAGAGUAGCUCUGGCUCAUGCAGGGCACCGUCGCAGUUUCUCCCUGGACAGUGAUGAUGUACGGCAAGCAGCCAGGCUUUUGCUACCAGGAGUUGACUGUGAACCUCGGCAGUUAAAAAUUGAUGACUGCUUCUGUGCUUCUCGGAAGCUGGAUGCAGUAGCCACAGAAGCCAAAUUCAAGCAGGACCUUGGGUUCCGAAUGUUGACCUGUGGCCGUACAGAUCUGGUCAAACAGGCCAUAUCUUUGUUGGGGCCUGAUGGAAUUAACAGCAUGAGUGAUCAGGGCAUGACUCCACUGAUGUACGCUUGUGUGAGGGGCGAUGAGGCCAUGGUCCAGAUGCUACUGGAUGCUGGAGCAGAUCUAAAUGCAGAGGUUGUCAGUACUCCUCAUAAAUAUCCAUCCGUCCACCCCGAGACCCGCCAUUGGACCGCUCUGACAUUUGCUGUGUUGCAUGGACAUAUUCCUGUAGUUCAGCUGUUGCUGGAUGCAGGAGCCAAAGUAGAAGGUUCUUUGGAACAUGGUGAUGAAAACUAUUCAGAAACUCCCUUGCAACUGGCAGCAGCUGCAGGAAAUUUUGAACUCGUUAGUUUGCUUUUGGAGCGAGGUGCUGACCCCAUGAUUGGAACCAUGUACAGGAAUGGCAUUUCCAUGACUCCUCAAGGUGAUAUGAACUCCUUUAGCCAGGCUGCUGCACAUGGACACAGGACUGAACAUGCGCAGCUAGCAAGAUCUAAACAUAUAAGGAACGUGUUCCGUAAGUUGCUUGCUCAGCCGGAGAAGGAGAAGAGUGAUAUCCUGUCCCUGGAGGAGAUACUGGCUGAGGGAACUGACUUGGCAGACAGUGCUCCAGCUCCUUUGUGCGCCAGCCGCAACAGCAAAGCCAGGCUUAAAGCUCUGAAAGAGGCUAUGUAUCACAGUGCUGAACACGGAUAUGUGGAUGUAACCAUUGACAUCAGGAGCAUAGGUGUCCCAUGGACUCUGCAUACAUGGUUAGAGUCCUUGCGAACUGCCUUUCAGCAACACAGAAGACCUCUCAUCCAGUGCUUGCUGAAAGAAUUUAAAUCAAUACAAGAGGAAGAAUACACUGAAGAACUUGUCACACAAGGGUUGCCUUUGAUGUUUGAAAUCUUGAAGGCAAGCAAGAACGAAGUGAUUAGUCAACAACUGGCUGUCAUAUUCACUCAUUGCUAUGGACCCUAUCCUAUUCCUAAGCUUGUUGAAAUCAAACGCAAGCAGACAUCUCGUUUAGAUCCUCAUUUCCUUAACAAUAAGGAAAUGUCAGAUGUUACGUUCCUUGUAGAAGGAAGACCCUUUUAUGCACACAGAGUAUUAUUAUUUACUGCAUCCCCAAGGUUUAAAGCCCUCUUGUCCAGCAAACCUGCAUCUGACAGCACUUGCAUUGAAAUCAGUUAUGUGAAGUAUCCCAUUUUCCAGCUCAUAAUGCAGUAUCUGUACUAUGGAGGUGCAGAGUCACUUCUUAUUAAAAACAAUGAAAUAAUGGAGCUUCUGUCUGCUGCUAAAUUUUUCCAGCUUGAAGCAUUGCAACGACACUGUGAGAUCAUCUGUGCAAAAAGUAUCAACACAGAAAACUGUGUGGAUAUUUAUAAUCACGCCAAGUUUCUUGGAGUAACAGAACUAGCUUCCUACUGUGAGGGUUACUUUCUAAAAAACAUGAUGGUCCUCAUAGAAAAUGAAGCUUUCAAACAGCUGCUGUACGACAAGAACGGAGACUCGUCUGGCCAAAACGUACUACAAGAUUUGCAGAGGACGUUGGCAUCACGGAUCCAGUCGAUUCAUUUGUCAUCUUCAAAAGGCUCCAUUGUAUAAAGUUCAGGAAGAGCCUGAUGUUUCUGACCGGGGGGGGAGCGGGAAGCACUGCAAAUGAAAAUGUUGCUGGUGCAGUUUCUUAAGAGAAUAUAUACAACGCUAUUUUUUCCUAUGGGAGUAUUACAUUGCGGUUGUGGGCCAAAGGUGCUGUCACUUGCUUGAAACUUCCCCUGGGCAAAAGGUUAGGGUACAUGUGACUGCUAUGCAUUUUUGGAACUACAAGGAUAUAUUGCUGUUCAGAUUCUGAACGCGGAAGUGCUGUCAUGCAGCUAAUGCCAACUGAAGCUGGGCCAUGCACCCGUACGUAGCAGAAGCCCAUCCUAGACCAAGAAUGCCACGAAACUAUUAUUUGACAAAACCAACGCAUCAGGUUGUUUUUGUAACACAGUGUCAUACUUCUACUUCUUCUUCUUUUUGAGACCUGCACUCUUCUUGCCCCAUAGUCCAUUGUAUUGUGCAUUUGAGAAACAUAAGAUCUGGUAGUAUGGCGAAUUUUUAGUGGUGGGAACUUUUUUAAAUUGUUCAUUAAAAAAUGGGGUGGCCUUGCAGGGUUCCCUCCCACUUUAUUUUCUUAAGCUCCAAAUUUUGUUUUCAACAUAUUUGAGAAUGUAUGUUACAUGUUAAGUUUGGGGUUCAUUUUUUUCCCUAAUUUUUGUUUUUUUUAUGGUAAGAUGUACACUGUGUGAACAUACAUCUGAAAAGGUUCUGCGCAUACACUUUACUUUUAAAAGUGGUAUAAUCUUGCCCCAAUGGCUCACGGUUACACCAAAGAGGUGCAUUACCAAGGACUCAGUAGUUGGGGUGGGGGAAAUUGCAUGCUAACUGUGGUUUGGGGUUUAAAACAGCAAUGAAAUUUUAACAUGCAUUUGCAUGGUUACAGUACCUGUGAAAUGUUACGUUUGUGCUUAAUUUUGCCAAGAAAAAGAAAACAAUGCAAUGUUAGUUCUUUGUCAAACUUCAUUUGUGAAAUAUAUUUCAGAGUUUCGUUUUCUGGGGGUUCAUAGUUCCCAUGGAGAAUAAUUUUAGAGAAGAUGAUUUGUAGUUAUUAUAUGAGAGAGAUCAAUACUGGGUCAACAAUUCAUGAGAAAUGUUGGUAUUUUGCUACUGGGCAGAGGUUAUGAAGAAGAUGAUUUAUUUUAAUUAUAUAUUAAAUAUGUACUAUAGACUGAUUUCUUGCCGUAUAAUGAGAAUGUGUAGGUUAUGUGCUCAUGGAAGCCUGUAGCAGGCCUCAAGUUGUUUAGCAGCAUAUUUUUAGCAAGACGAACCUAUUAAGUGCCACACAGAUUCCUGACCAUUUAGUUUCCAUCACAAUGUUUAUCAAGGUACCUUUUCCUUGACAAAGUUGUGUCAAUUUGCUUGCCCUGCCUUGCCCCGCCCUGCCAUGCCCCUGGGGAAAUUAUGUCUGGUUCAUAAACUUUGGAAAUUUUCAUAAUGCCAGUUCAAAGUAAAUCCUAGGUCUUUUCUAUAAGGUGCUAAUUCACAUUGACAGAUUUUUUUAAAAUGUUCAGGAAUCCAGAUUUUUUUUAUAUUGGACAACAAGAAAAAAGGGGCUAUUCUGUGGCUCUAAAUGUCAAAUCCUCUUUUUUUUUGGUUUAUACCAUUCCUGCAGCAACACUGCAAACUUGCCUAAACUACCGGUAAUGUUACAGAGGCACAGCAUGGCAAUUAAAUAAUGGAGUAAUGCUCACCCCGGACCCAUUGUCUGUAAUGGGCAACUUGGCUUACUGUGAAUGUUUGCACUGCAGUGCUGACAGGGACAAUAACCUGACCAGUGUGAUUUCUGUUCCCUUGGGUGCUUCCUUUAUAUUUGCCGUGCUUCCUUGGUCACCGCAAACAGCCGUACACCAAGGGGGGAUGGGUUGCUGUAACCCUUCUAUGACAUUUGAAGGGCCUCCUGGGUAUUAACUGCUGAGCUGCCAAAUAGUGAGUGUUGGGGAUCAAUGCAGCAGGGAAAAGACUCUUGAAGGAUGUUUUUCCACAAGCAAUACCAAGAGUCAUCAUUUGUGAAUGUUGUUAAUAUGGGGAUAGUAAGCAGGGGUGUUUUGGUUUUUUUUUUCAUUGAAUGCAUGUUCUAUUCAAUGCAACUUGUUGUGCAAUUUUCAAAUGCCGAAAAGCAAUUUUAUGCUUUAUGGUAUGUGAUGCAAGGCCACGGUCCAAUUGUGGCUUCUUGUAGGCCAUCAUUCAGCAUUAACUACUUGUGAAAACAACCAGAGGCUAUUGCUACUCACAGACCGGUUCAACUCUAAUAUAAGGGGCAGCCAACCUGGCGGCCUCCAUACAUCAGUGGACUACAACUCCCAUCAGCCCUAGUCAGCAGGGCCUAUGGUCAAGGAUGAUGGAACGUGAAGUCUGCUGACAUCUGGGUGGCACCACUUUGGCUAGCCCUGACCUAAGGCAUACUUUUGUAGAUGAACUGGGUGGGGGAAUAGAGGGUUGUAUUCAACUAAGUCAGGCACCCCCAAACUGCGGCCCUCCAGAUGUUUUGGCCUACAACUCCCAUGAUCCCUAGCUAACAGGACCAGUGGUCGGGGAAGAUGGGAAUUGUAGUCCAAAACAUCUGGAGGGCCGAAGUUUGGGGGUGCCUGAUCUAAGUUUUUCCCAUGGCUUUUGAGUUCAUUGGGUCUGCUCUGAGUAGGACUAGCAUUGGGCUACAACCCAAGUUGUAGCCUUGGCUAUUAAUUUAGAGACUAUAUAGCACAAUGGUUUGGAUCUUAAGAUAACAGAAGAAAGCUAUUCCCUCCCAGCUGCCUGCACCCCAUCCUACAUUAUUCAUGAGGUCUCCUCCUUUGCAGAGGGCUGCAGGCAUGAGUGGAAAUCUAGCUCAAAAGGACAGAAGACCCCCAGCAGGUGAUAUGAAGCGGUGGUCAAAUUGGGGCCCCUUGCAACUCAAACCUACGCGUUAAGCACAUCAGCCAAGAGACAAGCCAAAUAAACAUAUGACUAUAUAAAAAAACCUGAGGUGUUCUAAAGUUUGCUGUAGUCUGUUGAAUGGUGUGAAUGUAUAUAAAAAUCUUUUGAUUAAAAUACCAUUUAAAAAUAACUGAAAAUUAAUUUUCUAGGUAUUUCAAUUUCAUUCUGUUAAGCUAACAGAAGUAAACGGUUAAAUGUGGGAAAACCUGACAGAAGUAAAAAGUUAAUACCGGGACCUCAGUAAUAGUUAAGUGGGCUGGGGCUGUGCUUUAAAAUAAGUAGGUAAGCUGCCUGUAAAGGUGAAUGGGAAACCUUCCUUGUGUGGAAUUUCCUUUCUUAGGAUUCCGAGCCAAUGAUGGGGUUGCAAAUGGAAAUGAUGACAAGAAGUGAUCGCUUCCUUGCUACAGCAACGCCUUCUACUUUUGGUUAUCCUUCCAGAUGUUUUUGCUGUGUUCUUCAAAAAGAAGAUUGAAACAGGUCUGCCAUUUCCCUCAAAUGUCUGAGCUUUACAGGUAUAUCAUUGUCAAUGCAUAUUGGAUUAGUGUCAUGGAAUCAAUUUAGGUAACCUCCCCUCCCCUCCUCUCUUCACUACCAUCCUCCUCACUUCUCCCUCUAAAUCUAAAAUCCCUCAGUGGAUUCCAUCCCUUAUAGCAGGCAUGUCCAACAGGUAGAUCGUGAUCUACCGGUAGAUCACUGGAUGUCUGCAGUAGAUCACUGGUAGAUCAUUGGCUCCCCCCAAAGAAGCUGAACAACUGUGGCUACCCUUAAAAAAGCUCAACAUUUUACCUCCUCCCUGAAAAAACUCAACAACUUUGACUUGAACCCCCCCCCCAAAAAAUUGGUCUUCCUCCUUCCUAAAAAAAGUUCAACAACUUUGACCUGAACCCCCCAAAAGGGGGCAGAUCACUGCCAGUUUUUAACUCUGUGAGUAGAUCGCAGUCUCUUGGGAGUUGGCCACCCCUGCCUUAUAGCAUUCAAAAAAGGGUCUUAAGGAUACAGUAUAUGGUUCCGAGUCGGUAAAGUAUUACAGUGCGAUCCCUAGAGGGCAUCAUGUGAGAGAGGCUGUGAUUUAGCUAAAACUAGAACACAAGCCUUGCUGGAUCAGGCCAGUGAUCAGUCUAGUCCAGCCUCCUGAUUCCACAGUAGCCAACCAGAUCCUGCCAGGAAGCCUAAAAGUGAGCCAUGAAGGCAGCCACCCUCCCACAUUGUAUACCCCCAGCACCUGGUGUUUAGAGGUGUACUGGUUCUGAAAGCGCAUACCCAUUUAGCUGCCCUAGUUUGUAGACUUUGACAGGAUUAUCUUCCAUGAAUGUGACUCAUUUUUCUAUUUGCUCAAUUACAUAAGUAUCAAGAAAUGAAUAAGCAAUCCAGGCACCUCCCCGCCCCCAAACAAGCCAUAUAAUCCUAGCUGCGGAUUGUUAUACACUUUAAAAUAAAAUAAAAUAAUUAAAGGUUUAUUGGCAUGAACACAUACAGAAUACAAUUUAAAUGAUGGAUAUGGCAAACGAAAAUAAAUGUAAAAGUAGAAAAAUAAAACACAGAUACAGAGGAGAGGUAAAAAAAAAGAAAUCAAAUCUAGCACAAUGAUAUGAAACAUUCUUUGUUUGAAAGAUCAACUGUUAUCUAUCCAGGUGGACUGUUUGCUGCAUCUUAAUGUUUAUAACCAAGUUUUAUAUCCGAUAUCUAAAUAUUUCUCUGACUUUCUGACUCACAGUUAAUAUUUCUAACAGACCCUUAUGCCUCCAAGAGCUGUGUAGCAAGUAUAAAUUCAGUGGGUGCAACCUUUACCCUAUGAUAGAGAUACAUAGCUAAGAAAGUCUGCACCUGCACCUUUUGACUAUAUCUUAAUUACACGGUUUGUAAAUGUUACCAUUUCAUCAGCUUCCAUUUAGCUCUUCAGCAGUGUGAUCCUACACCUGCCUGUUCCAAAGUAAGUCCCACUGAUUUCAUUGGGGCUUACUCCCAGGUAGGUGGGUAUAGGAUUGCUGCCUAACUCUUUUCACUAAUAAGUUGGUAGUUUUUCACUCUUCCCAGUUUUUCCUCAAAUUUCAUUUAGGCCUCUGCAGCCAGCUCCACAAUAAAACAACUCUCAUCAUCUUCCUUUUCUGUAAUUUAUUUAAAAAUGGUUAGGUAGAGAACUAUCCUUAGAUAUGAUUCUUAAAAGGUGAUAUUUUCUCUCAGGAGCCUAAAACAGGGCCUUCCAGGGGAGGGAGUGGAACCACACAACUUGUUCUGUAUUUCAGAACUUUUCUAUAUCCUUUUAUAAGAGCUAAUUCCCAUAUGUUUUCCAGUAGGAAAAUGAUCAGUUGCCUAAGGAUUAUACUGUGGUAGGCAAAGCCGUAUAGUGAAGUUUAUUACCCAUAGACUUGAAAAACUGAAACAGGAUCAUAGGUGGCCAUGUGUUUGUGCUGAAAACAAAAACAAAAAAAAUUAUUCGAAAGGAAUCAAAUCUGAAGCAAGAGAAGCAGGCUGAGGGCUGGAUACAGAAUGCUACAUGCACUGGACAAUUUUUUGAAAAGGAGACCAUGGUGACCUCGAAACAUUUUUGUCAAAGACAGGUGUAAUAUUUAUAGAGCAGUGAAGGCAGGCUUGGAAGGACCCUCACUGCAUUCAAUGCAGCUUUGUUUUGUUCUUUGCGGGGUCAAGGGGAAACAGCUAUGGCAAUGAAUUGGCUAGUUCCAAUGAUGUCACCAAAAUACAACCACAAUCCUGUAACUUUCUUUUUAAUAUGCUAACAGAGAAAUGUAUAUGCCAAUAAAGUUACAUGUGUGACAGACAGUUUAAAGAAUAAAAAGGCAGGCAGUCUGCAUGGAAACAGGGGAGGGGAAAACUGGCAAGCAAAUAACAAGGACAUUUUCUGUACAACUUUAUAAGCAAGGACACAGAACCUGCUGUGACUCCUCUUCAAAUGUUACAUCUGCCUUUGUUCUUAAAGAUGUGAAAUAGAUCAAGAGUUUCUAAUGGGCUCUAUGUGGGGCUACCUUUGAAGGUGACCCGGAAACUACAACUAAUCCAGAAUGCGGCAGCUAGACUGGUGACUGGGAGCGGCUGCCGAGACUAUAUAACACUGGUCUUAAAAGAUCUACAGUGGCUCCCAGUACGUUUCCGAGCACAAUUCAAAGUGUUGGUGCUGACCUUUAAAGCCCUAAAUGGCCUCGGUCCAUACCUGAAGGAGCAUCUCCACCCCCAUCGUUCUGCCCAGACAAUGAGGUCCAGCGCCGAGUGCCUUCUGGCAGUUCCCUUGCUGCGAGAAGCCAAGUUACAGGGAACCAGGCAGAGGGCCUUCUCAGUAGUGGCACCCACCCUGUGGAAUGCCCUCCCACUAGAUGUCAAAGAGAAAAACAACUACCAGACUUUUAGAAGACAUCUGAAGGCAGCCCUGUUUAGGGAAGCUUUUAAUGUUUAACAGACCAUUGUAUUUUAAUAUUUUGUUGGAAGCCGCCCAGUUGGAAACCCAUCCAGAUGGGCGGGGUAUAAAUAAUAAAUUACUACUACUACUACUACUACUACUACUACUACGGUAAAAAGGGAGAUUGGUAGUCGGGAGAUAUUUACAUCAAAUAUAGCCAUAGUUCCUGAAUAAGUCACUUAACUGUUAUUUAUGGGGGUUUAGUGGUUUCCCAUUUGUCCACAGUGCCUGUUACAGAAGAGUUUGCUCUCAUUCUGAUUACAGUGGUACCUCGCAAGACAAAUGCCCUGCAAGACGAAUUUUUCGCAAGACGAAUGCGUCUUGCGAUCUGAUGGUGACUCGCAAGAUGAAUUCGUUUUGUGAAAAAUUCGUGUUGCGAACCGCGGAUUCCCAUAGGAAUGCAUUGAAAUUUAAUUAAUGCAUUCCUAUGGGCAAAAUUCUUUAAAAAAUUCAAUGCAUUCCUAUGGGAAACCGCAAUUCGCAAGACAAUUUUUUCGCAAAACGAAUUGACUCACGGAACGAAUUAAAUUCGUCUUGUGAGGCACCACUGUACAACAACUAAUCCAGAGAUAGGGAAUCUCUGGCCCUCCAGAUAUUGUUUAACUGUAGCUCCAGUCAUCACUGUCCAUUGGCAUCCUCAUUGAGGCUGAUGGGAGCUGGAGUCCAGCAACAUCCGGAGGGCCAUAGGCUCACCAUCCCUGGCCAUAGAUGGAGGAAAUGGAAUAGGGACGUAGAGCACUUACCUUCUCAGGCUGCCAAGCCCCAACCUUGUGCCUGUUUUUCUCUGUUAGAGAAGUAGAAAGUGUUGCAUAUGGACAUCAACAUGAAAUGAAAAUUCAGCUUUAACUGAGUUUAAAUAGUUCCAUUGUGAGGCUGAUGUGAAUUUGUCUGAAUGUACUUUUCUGAUCAAAUUUGAUUGCCUUCAUUCAGGUCACAAUCUUUUAUCCAGUAAGCCCCAUUGAAUUCAGUGGGACUUACUUCUGAGUAGGCACAUAUAGGCUUGCAUUGUGACCUUUCUUCCCUUAGUACUGAUAUAUUCCUAUUGAAAGGUCUGUGGGAUCAUCAGCUACAUUCUCCUUAGCACUUUUCUGAAGCAUGCGCAGAGGAAUUCUUCAGUCUACUAAGAAAUAAUGCACAUGUAGAAGUAUACACUUGCUGGGGAGUAAAAGAGGAACAUGACUUUAUCAUUUUAUUUUGAUUUCUUUUUUAAAGUCACAUUUGAGCCUGAAAAUGACUGGGUUUGAAAAUGAUUGGGGCACCAAAGUACACCUAGUAAUGACAAUCCUAAAGCUAAAGUCCAGUAUAUAAUGUUAUAUUUUAGGAGCAUGCCCAAUAUACUGGUACAGUAUUUUAAAUUUACAUAUAGAAAUAUGAAGUGUGAACGCAACAAACACAAAUUAUAUACAGUGCAAUCCUAUACAUGUCUAUCCAAAAGGAAGCCCCAUUGAGUCAAUUGGGACUCACUCUCAAGUAAGUGGGUCUAGCACUGCAGUCAUAUGCUAAGCUAUCGGCUAACUGUACUCAAUGGUAACCCCAUGUUUGCCUCUCUGUGUUGGCCUGAAGCCAGAAAUGGAGUUUUUGGCCCUCCAGAGUUGGUGGGUUUCCAUCAGCCCCAGCCAGCCAAUAACCAGGGAUGGUGCAAACUCUAGUCCAGUCACAUCUGAAGGUCACAGGUUCCCUAUCCCUGCCUUGAGCUUUCAAGCCACUAAAAUCAAAUCCAAAGUUUGAGUCAUGGCAAUGUUUAUUCAUCCUGCAACCCUUCUUUGGGGGAUAAAUUAAAUAUCCGGCCAUUUAUUAUUCUAGGUUACUUAAAUGAAUCCUUUCUUUUUUUUACUUUCCAUUCAACUGUUAAAACACUCGCCGCCGCCCCCCCCCCCCUGCACACACAUACACCCUUGGCCAAAUACCGGUAUUCCCAUCUUGUGUUUUGGCUGCCCACAGGCCACAAGCCACUUAACAUUUGUGCCACUUCAAAGUAAACAGUCUGUGAACUGCAGCUGUUCUCUUUCUCAAUAGUGCCAUUAAGCGUUGCAGUGUAGGAGCCCCAUUAAGUUUCCUCCACAAUGAAACUAUUAUGUAAAGGCAAAAGGAUCUCAUAACCCAGUUUGUUUUGUCAGAAACCUGAGGCUAGCCAACUGCCAGAGAACACAGGCAUUCUUUAGGUUCAGUGUGGGUAACUUUGAAGGUGGUAUAUCCCCCCCCCCCGCCACUCACCCACCCACCCACCUGUGCAACAGCACCAGGUCUUGGCAUGCCAGUUGCUGAAGGCAACACCUUUCAAAGACUUUACACCAUUAAAGUACCUCUGUUUCUGUUCUCUCCCCUCCCCACUUUUAUUUUUUUACUGGAAUAAGUUAAAGCUGUCAAACUAAAGCCCUUGCAAGAUUAUCAUUGAAGUAGUUACACCAUGCUCAGCAAAAUUCCACAGAGAAUAUAUUUCCUGCCUUUAAUUUCUGCGUUGUGCUGUGGGAUAUUAAACUCCUUAUUGUGGCUGUGUUCCAAAUUAGGUUUUCAUCUCAAAAUGCUCUUUUUUAAAGGACACAAAGGAGCUAUGAAGUUCACUUUCCAGGGAGUUCUGUAGAGCAAAGAUGCUUUGACAAUGUGAUGAGCUGAAUUCCGUCUCCAUUGUUCCAUUGGCCUAUAGGGGGUUCAAUUACGGAUUUCACAGUGCUGUGGUGAAAUUCUCUUUCAUGAAAAUGUACAGAACAGUACUAUGCAUGGUUUUCUGGAAGCCUUUCCCAAACUAGUGGCCUCUGGAUAUUCUUGGGCUCCAACUCCAAUUACUCCCAGCCAGCUUGGCCAAUGGUCAGGGUCUAUGGCAGUUGUAGUCCAUUAUCACCUGAAGGGUAGAGAUAGGGCUAGGUCAAGCAUAGGCAACCUUGGCUCUCCAGAUGUUUUGGAACUGCAACUCCCAUGAUCCCUAGCUAGCAGGGCCAGUGGUCAGGGAUCAUGGGAGCUGUAGUUCCAAAACAUCUGGAGAGCCAAGGUUGCCUGUGCCUGGGCUAGAUCACUGGUAUGUUCUGUGGAGGUGAGGAUUAUUUGUUUUCUCUUGGGUUCUAUGAAGUUGUCUGGUGUACUAUCUAGAAUUCUGAGAAACUUCUGUUGUACAAAAAGACCUGUUUGACUACGUUACUCUCUAGAGAUAAGUGAUACCCUGUUUCAAGGUUCUGAUGAAUGGGUGUGUAGUUCUCUUCUGUUAACUUGGGAGUGUUCUUUGACAAAGAUACAGGGUAUUAUUUAUUAUGUAUCCAUUUGUGUGUUUGUCUGCAUACACAUGCAUUAGAUCUAAUAGAUAAGUAAAGCUCUUGAGUCCUAGAACAGUUGUAAGUCACUUUGGAUUGCCUUGGGCAAGAUAAAGCAACUGACAAAUUUUAAUACCGGUAGUAGUGGUGGUGGUGGUGGAGAACCUGUUGUCCUCCAUAUGGUUUUGAACUGCAACUGAGGUUGAUGGGAGUUGGAGACCAAUAACAGGUACCCUAUCCCUGUCUUUGAAGAAGGCCAGGCCAAUUGACAGUGCUCAUGUUUUAAAUAUUAUUCUCCACUCCAGUUCUGUCUUUGCUAACAAAUUAGAGGUGAUCAGAAUCUGCUUCUUGACAGCAAGCAAUGAGAAAAGGUUGUGUACCUCUUGAGAUCUCUGUAAGGCCUUCUAGCCACCACAAAGUAGCCUGGGAUCAGCCUAGGGACUGGGGGAACAUGCUGUAAGUUCCCAUUGGCUCCUAUGGGAGGAAGCAGGGUAUAAAAACAACAGCAGCCACAACAACAUUGUGGUGAUUAAUGCACUAGAUGAAAUUGUGACUAGCAAGUGCAUGGUUUGAUCUGCUGCCUGCUAGAGAUAGCUACUUCUAAAGCUCCAUUUCUGCCAUGAGGUCAUACGGUUUCCUUGAGCUAGCCACCUCUGAACACCUACCCUUUAUUUUGCUGUACUUGCUUCAGUGGUCUGAUAGAUAAAAGAGUUGGGUUUGAAUCUGGGAGAUCUGGUCUGAAGUUCUUUCUUCUGUCGUGGAGGCAUGCUGUUCCCUUGCACAAGGCACGAUCUCUUUGCCUCGGUUCCCUGAAACCUACCUCACUAGCUAGUGUGACUUGUGCCUAUUUGGGGCAUACCCAGGGUUCCAAAGGUGGUCGCCUUAAACUCCACCCCAACAAGCAACCCCUUGGUCAUUCAGAGGAAGCACAGUACAUGUGCAUGUGGUCCUAUCUUGGUCUGGCAAAAUGACCAGAGGAAGAGGGUGGGCAUUACACUGCCAGGCAUCUCUGCAGGGCCAUCACUCACAUUACAAUAGUAGUUCCAUGUGUAUUAUGCAGUUGUGACCAACUUUUUUGAUGAGUACGCCACCAAAUCCAAUCUAAAACUGAGAAGGUGCCGCAUCCCCAAUGAAUGCAGCUGUUUCACCUUCCUCCCACUUAUGUCUCAGUGUGGUUUUGCUUCUGGGCCUGAUGAGAUGAAGAGUGUUGGAGAAGCAAGCAUGACUGUAGAUAUGGCUUUUUGCUGUGACCUUUCCAGGAGUGCCACACUUCCUUGCUACCCAUGCCACAGGUUGGUCAGCUAAGAUGGUUAUUGGGUGACCCUGAACUUCAUGAUUUGCAACUUCAUGAACUGAUUUGCAAUCGAGAAGGAGAGCCUGCAUUAGCCAUAUGGUGGCUGUUUGCUCCUUCUGUCUCCCAAAAUAUGACCUGUGAACACACACCAAAAUUGCUGUUUUGUGUGUGUGUGUGCUUUUUUUAAGUGCAUAGAAAAUAUGCUGGUGACUAGAGCUGUGCUGUUUUUCAGGGGACCUGGUUACUUUUGGAGGAGAAAGCACUGGGGAACUGUUCUAUAAUCAGUUUGUUUUCAGAUUCAUAAAGCAGAUAUGGCAGGGAUCCCAGAACAAACAGCUUUAGAUGUGUAUCAGCCCAGAGCAAAUGUAAGUAAACUCCAGAUUCCCCCCCACCCGAAAAAAAUAUAUCUCUGUAACUUUCCUAAUCAGCUCAAACCUCAAAAAUGGUUGUUUCAAGCUGUCUGUUCUCUGCACCUUUUGCUCUAAUGGGUCAAAUUAGUUUCACACUUUAUUCCCACUUUAGCCAGGAUGAUUCUCAUCUGUCAUGAGGUUAGGUCCAGCAUCUGUGCUUAAAUUUGAGAGAGGGAAAUUGGGGGAUGAAUGUCUAUGGAGGAGAUAAACCAGAGGGAUUCGUGGAAAGAUACAAUUGUUUUUGCCAAGAAUGGUGAAAUUGUGAGUGUGGGUAUGUUGUCACAAACCACAUUGGAAGCUGCAAAGGCAGAAUGUGUAGUUGUUCCUAUUAGUUUGGGUUUCUUGAAUGCUGCUGAUGCAUUUUGGCAUCUGAAAGAUGAAAUUCCCAAAUUUGACAAAAUGUUAGCACCUGCUGUUAGGGAUCAGUCAAGCCGUGUCAAAACUAAAAGGAAUAAUAGGGCUGCAUGCCUUAGUCACCCCUUCCUCUAUGACAUAGAUAGUCUGUGUGAAUAGGUAUAGGCAAACAAUGGCUGUUCCAGGAAAUUAUGUGUUCCGGGGAGACUGCAACACUUUGUGCAACACUUGAAUAUCCACAAAUAUUUAAUACAAAACUCUAAAUAGGAAUUGGUAUAUCACAUGCACAUCAUAGAUUUAAACCACAUUUAUACCAUGUUAACACCCAUGACUUCCCUCAAAGAAUCCUGGGAACUGUCAUUUAUCCCUCACAUAGCUACAGUUCCCAGCAUCCUUAUUAUUGUUCCCAGCAUUCUUUGGGGGAAGCCAUAUACUUUAAAUGUAUGAGCUCCAGUGGAAGAUUUCUGCCCAGGCAGAGUUGGAGCCAAUUUCAUUUGAGCCCAAAAUGGUGGCAAAUAGUUAAAGCUCCCCUUCCCCCAUGUCAUGGUCCUGACCUGAUUUGAGGCCCUCCAUACUAGCUAUUGGUUACAGAAAAACAACAACUACUCAAGGGCAACUUAUGUCACAUCCUUAGAUUUUAAUCCUAAGAACUGCUUUGUAAUGUGGGAAACUGCAAAGCUUUCUUCCAGGUAAAUAUGUUUACUAUUUAGGCAUGCAAGUUAUUGAGCAGUAAUGUCCACUGUGCAGAUGGCAAUCAAGUAUAGGCAAAUUAUUUGGAAGACGGCAUUAGGAAUAGAAAAUGGGGUGUUUUUUUCCAGAUAGUGUAAUGGAACAAGCUUCCUGCACUAAGGAAAUAAACAUGCAAGACAGCAAUUUAUUUUACUCAUCCCUCGGAAGCAGAAAAAGAGGAUGCCAUGUACACAAUGCCAUCAGCCUAGCAUAUGAAUGUCGGUUUGCUAAUAUGCUACUAUUUUGACAUUAGCAUUGAACUGGCUUUUUUUAAACUGUCAAAACAAAAGGUUUUGUUUUCAGCAUAAUAUAUUCAGUAGGCGGCAUGGAGUGAAUCACAUACCGUAUUUUUCCGUGUAUAAGACUAGGUUCCCCCCCCUAAAAAUAAUUUCAAAAAUUAGGGGGCGUCUCCCUUCAUUUUCUUAAAUCUUAGUCCCCAAAAAUAGGGGGCGUCUUAUACAUGGGGGGCAUCUUAUAGAUGGAAAAAUACAGUAUGUUCAAUCACGCAAUUAGAUGCUGAAUGUCUCAUGUAAUUUUCCAAGAGCACACCUUAGAAUAUUUUAAGCACCAGUCUUCCUCUUGCUCAUUCUCUUAAACCCUCUCAACGAGAUUAGGAUCCAUACUUUUGCCAAAUGUAAUUUUGCAAAUCUGUUUUGCACAUUGUAUUAGACGCACAGCAACAUUUGAGACAACAAGUUGUCAUUUUAAUUGUGUUACUCAAAAAUGGGCUAAUCUGAUUUGCUCUUCAAGCGUAAAAUCAUUAGCUCUUUCCCGGGAGCCAACUGUACGUGACUUGGUUGAUCUAAAGCCAAGAAGCUGGUAGCACAAGAAGAUAAUUGAGACAGGUUUAACUGAUACUAUACAGUCAUUAACAGAUGAAUCCUGCCUCCCAUACAGAUCUUCUUAUUACUGACUUGACUUGGAGAGGGAUAGGGCUCAUAGUAGGACAAAAUGCAUCACCAUCACAUAUAAUCUCUUUAAAUUUUCACAGAUCUGUAUGAAUUCUCAAUUAGAAUUUGAAGUUUCAAUAUGAAAAUGUUUUAUGUCUUCCAGAUUGUAUGGCAUGUUCUGGGACCCCACAAAUUUCUGAGCCAUUAAGCCCAUUCCUCUCUGCUACAAAAGAGGCCACUUUGCCCAUCAACCUCUUUUGCUUAUAAUUUCAAGAAGUAGAGUGGAGUGCCAAGAGCCAUGGGAAGAUCAGGGGAUCUUGAUUUAGCACUCCUUCCUUGUGGAAUUAGAGGCCAUUGAAACAUUAUCGGAACUGUGUAGGAGUGAACAAGUUAGAUGAGUACUGCCCUACAAAGUUUAAAUGACACCCCCCUCUCCAAAGUGGGCUGUGACUGAACUCAUGGAUCUUUCCCAUGGAAACUCUACUCACCUGGUAAAAUUUUCUCGGUUCUGUAUCCUUGGUCUAGAGAAUAAACUGAAAGGUAUGGAGUUGUUAGUGCAACUUGCCUGGGGUCCAGUAUAGGUAUUUUUCUUCAACAUCCUUAUGGGACUUGUAGUUCAUAACACCUGAAGGGCACAAGGUUGAAGAAGCCUGGUGUAGAAGACUCUGGAAAGUCUUCCUUCCAGCAGCACCUUAGAAACCAACUAAGGUGCUGCUAGAAGGAUUUUUUUUGUUUUGCUUCGACUACGUCAGACCAACAUGGCUACCUACCUGUAUCUGGAAAGUCUUGUGUGUAGAUUUUGACUUGGAUAAUAACUCCUAAGUGCUGGUCAGUAAACAAGCCCUGUGUCAAAUAUGUACAUACACAGAUCUUAUUUGUCCCAUCCUGUCUCGCCCUAAAACAUUCUGCUAUAGUUUCCGGGACUUUUUAAAUUUUUGUUCUAAUUGACCUGUUCCCCUGGCUGUUUUCAGAAGGAGCAACUACUCUGCUUUCCCAAAUAUGUCAGAUUCCACAGGGGUCCCCUCAUUGAUUCUGUCUCCUUGCCUGCCAGGCUGAAUUCCCUGGGCCUGAGUUGGCUUCAUCUCAUAGGCCUGUUCAGGGGCCCUGUGCCAUUGAAUGAACCCUACUCAUGGCUUGAUGGAGACAGUUAAAAAUGCAAACAUAGGUUUUGCCUGGUUGCAGACAUCAACAUUCAGGCCAUAGGCUAUUAAAAUUCAUGCAAAAAGGGGGGGGGCAAAGAAGAAAAUAGAAAAUAAUAGGAAGGUCCUGUUUAUGCCUUACAAAUCCAAAUUAUAUACCUCUUUUGAAAGGGAUAGAUCUUGAUUCAUGAUGUGACUGGAAUUUUCCCUGUAUUAUCCUUACCAAAUCAGGACACCUAGCAAUGUAUGUGUUUUGUGUGGCUUUGUGAGAGAGGACGUUAUUGAAAUGCUUAAACAAUAGCAAUUGCAAUGUUCAGGCUUGUUGACUUGAUGUUAGGAUGUUGCAGAUCUGGUCCAUUUGCUAAUCAACAUUUAGAUUGGUACCUGUAUAUGGAAGUAGACUUCACCCAUAUCAAGAGAGCAUGGAAAUGACACUCAAUGGUCUAGUUUUUUGGUGUGUGUUUUUCAGUGAGUAAGAUUUGGUGUCUAUAGUUCAGUCAUCACAGUCUGAAUGCAGACACAACAUCAGUUAGUUUCAGUUAAAUCAAUUCCUUCCAAUCCAACAAAUUUUUUUGUUUUUGUGCCAAUUCAGCCUAUUUUGUGUACAUCUGAAAGUCAGCUGAGUGACAUUAGAGGUGAGUAGCCCAUUCAAUCUACCAUGUACUGGGUGAUAUCUGUGAGUUUUGUUGCUUCACAAGGAUUGCAUUGGCAGGUAGCCAACAAGUGGCUGUAUUUGUAUUCUGUAAAAUGGUCUUGCAGCACAAACAAGUUAAGCCUCUAUAGUUGGACUCAAGCUACAUUAGCCUUGUCUGCUUUAACUGCCAGCACUCUGGCUUAACUGCUAUAUGGAUCAUGGCUAUAGCGACUUCGCAAUAAAACAAGGUAAAGAACAUUCUUUGGAGCAUACCAGGGUAAAUAAAGUAGUAAAAUGUGUUGCAUCUUGAUUUUUUUAAAAAAUGAAGGUUGUUUGUAUAUAUUAAUAUGCACAUUUAAACACCAGAGGAUACAUUACAAGUCCUCUAUUCAUACUGGAUUAGUUUUGUUGAUGGUGCUGUGCACUACUGCAUUAAAGGGAUCCAGAUUCUUGAGGAUGUGGUUCUAAAGCUGUGGUUUUCAACUUUUCUACCUUUAAGGAAGCACAUCAGCUUGUGUACUGAAGGGCUCCUGGUGACCUGCCAUUGGCCUGGUUUACACUUAACAUUAAGCCAUUGUUUGUUUAGCCACCAGUUUGUUCCACAGAUGAUUAAAUAAACCAUGGCUUGAUUCUCCAAAGCUUGGUUUGUUUUCCAGCUGCUCUUGCUGUUGUAGAUUAGUGUCAGGGUUUGGGGGAGGGAGAAACCAUAGUUAAGGUAGAGUGCUUGGUUUCCAUAUUACACCAAGCCAUAGUUAAAUCAAACCAAGAUUCAUAACCCAACAACAAACCAUGGCUGUGGUUUCUGGGUAGUAAACAAACCAUAGACAGGCUUCAGGUUAUCAAAUAAACCAUGGAUUAAGAAACUAUGGUUUAAUUAACCAUGACUUAGUGUUGUAUGUGAACUAGGCCAUUAUUGCAGAUAAUUUGGGGGCAUUUUCUUGGGAACACUACUAAAUGUUGAGGCAGCCUACUCCCCAUCAACUAAGAGUGCCCCAUGGAAUACAGACAACACUCCCCUGCAACUCCAGAUUGAGAGAGCAGGCUAUAGUGGUGGGCAAUUGUCAUAAUUGUGCUAAUCAAGGAUUCCUUGCUGAAAAGAUCAGCUAUGGUAGACAAGUUUUACUGGAAAGCUUGCCCAUCACUGUAGAUGCUAUCAUUCCCUGGAACAGAGUUUGAAAACCAUUGUUUAAACUUUAAAGGGUGUUAGAACCAGACUACAGCAUGCUUGGCAUCAAGCAAAAUGAUCCAAGGACUAUGGAUUAGAAUCAAUAUUGGCUUUGGAGGUGGACACUUGUGUUGCUGACUCCUGCCCCAACUCCCAGCCAAUGGUUAAGUGCCUCAUUUACAGGGAUCUAAGGUAGAAAUCUCAAAGAGUUUAUAUUGGUGGUCUGUAUUGGUAGUUAAAUACUCCAAAUCUUAUUUUUGGACGUCUAUAAUAAGGACCCCGUAGGGUAGAGUGGGGUGCUUCAGUGAAACACAGAAGGGACCACACAAACAGCAACAAAAAUAUAAGUGUAUGUAUAUAUUUAUCUAUAGCCUAAUGUUUCUGUAUUUGAAUGGUUUUUGGAAAUGUCAACAAGUGAUUGUUCCUAUUGUGUUUACUGCUCUGAAAUUCUUUGCAUGAUUUCUGGCAUAAUAAAAUUCUUUAAUAAGAAAAUUAUCUACAUCUAUAUACAUAUAUCUAUAUAUAUUGUUAGCCUGCAAAACAUUCUUGUCAGAUCAGCCAUGUUUUGUGCAAAUUGUAUAUUUCUGUUGUAAGAGCACCAUUGGAAUUUGACUUUGAAUUAGUUGUUGGCAUUAAAAUAUGUUUUUAUGGAUAAUAAACUUGUCAUUUAGUGUGCUGGGGCUGGCGAAACACCACAGUCAUCCUUACAAUUUCACAAAGUCACUAGGGAGUGGUGAGUAAAUAGGUUAGUAUGUACGCAGUGAAAGUCUCUUUGCCAUAGCUGCCAAGUUUUCGCUUUUCUCGCGAGGAAGUCUAUUCAGCAUAAGGGAAAAUCCCUGUAAAAAAGGGAUAACUUGGCAGCUAUGCUCUUUGCACUUGGUACCGUAUGUGUGCAAAGCGAGGUAUAGCUCUCUUGGUUUAAUCAAUGCUUCUCAUCUUGUUUUCUCUCUUAGCCCAAAUCCUCAUUAAGAAGUCAAAUCAGUGCAGCAGCAUGGCCCAAUAUUAGACAAAGGAAAUUAUGAAUGUUGAUACUUCUGCUAUUAAUAAUUUCUACAGUAGCUUGAAGUGGGUGAAAUGUUUUGCCACACAGCUUAAUUUACCCUUCCAAGAACCCUGUGAAAUAGGUUAAGGUGAGAGAUAAUGACUUGCCCAAAGCUGUCCAGUGAGCUUCAUGGAGUGAGUUGGGAUUUGAAGCUGUAUCUCCUAGUACCAAAUUAAGCCUUCAGCAAUGGCAUCAGCCUUCACCAACCUUUCUGGAACGUGAGACAAUUUGUUGAUUUUGCUGUUAUAGCCAAUUAUUUCAUAUUUCUAGCCUGCUUUUCUGGCAAAACCUCUACAAUGUGAAUUACA